ACGGCAGCCACUCUUUCCACAUCCCCGGAUCAACCAAGCGCUGCCUUCCAAUGCCACCUGCGAUUUGGUUAUUUAUAGACGUAAUGGAUUACCACACAGGUCCUCAAGCCACUGCUGCAGCGUGACUCUGCUCUAGCACCUCACCAAGCAGAAAGCUAGAGAGCUAGCAAUGGCGCCCACCGUGAUGGCCUCGUCGGCCACCUCCGUUGCUCCCUUCCAGGGGCUCAAAUCCACCGCCGGGCUCCCCGUCAGCCGCCGCUCCAACAGCGCCGGCCUCGGCAGCGUCAGCAACGGUGGAAGGAUCAGCUGUAUGCAGGUGUGGCCGAUUGAAGGCAUCAAGAAGUUUGAGACCCUGUCGUACCUGCCACCGCUCACGGUCGAGGACCUCUUGAAGCAGAUCGAGUACCUGCUCCGGUCCAAAUGGGUGCCUUGCCUCGAGUUUAGUAAGGUCGGGUUCGUCUACCGUGAGAACCACAGGUCUCCUGGGUACUAUGAUGGCAGGUACUGGACCAUGUGGAAGCUGCCUAUGUUCGGAUGCACUGAUGCCACCCAGGUGCUCAAGGAGCUCGAGGAGGCCAAGAAGGCAUAUCCAGAUGCAUUUGUUCGCAUCAUCGGCUUCGACAACGUCAGGCAGGUGCAGUUGAUUAGCUUCAUCGCCUACAAGCCCCCGGGUUGCGAGGAGUCCGGCGGAAACUAAGCUAGUUGGCAAGCCAGCAAGCUCACUCGUGAGCUCUAUACAGAGGAGACUCGAUUGAUCUAUUCGGUUUUGGCAGCUUUGAACGUUCGAAUCGGGCCACCUUGCAUUGGUUUCCCCUUUCCCAGUUUGUUGCUUCAGUUUUUUUUUUUCAUCUUGUUUGUGUCAACAUCAGCUGUGUAUGUAUGUACAUAUGUAUGUAUCAACAUAGGUUGAAGAGCAUGCAUAUGUGAAUGCUAGCACCAGGCUAAUCAUAUGCACAUACACAUCGUAAUAAAUAUAUUGUACAAAUCGUCAAAAACGAUACUUAUAUGUAAUACUAUACUCAGACCAAACUUGAUACCUCUGGUUUCCAUUUCAA